GUUGCUUCGGCGAAAGGAAUCGAGAAAAAGGCAAAGAAAAGAGAAAACCCUUGAUUUCCAAUGGCUAGAGGUACUCGGGCUAUGAAGGAGUCAUCUCCGUCAUCGGAGGAGGAGGAGGAGGAGCCGCUGUCAAAUUCAUCGGAAGAUGAGGAAGUGGAGCGAGGAGUUAAUAUUAAUGAUCAAGUUGAAGAAGAAGAAGAUGAGGAGGAGCUCGAAGCCGUUGCGAGAACUGCCGACGAUUCCGACGAAGAAGAAAAUGAUGCUGCCGCUAACGAUGGUGGUGGUGAGCCGGACGACGACGACGAGGAGGAAGGAAAUGGCAAUGAUGUGGGCACUGCAGUUGCUAAGCGUGAAAAAGAAAGGCUAAAAGAAAUGCAAAAGUUGAAAAAACAAAAAAUACAAGAAAUAUUGGAUGCUCAAAAUGCUGCCAUUGAUGCUGACAUGAACAACAAAGGAAAAGGGCGUUUGAAGUAUCUACUUCAGCAGACAGAGUUAUUUGCCCAUUUUGCCAAAGGAGAACAGUCUGCUCCCCAGAAGAAGGCUAAAGGAAGGGGUCGCCAUGCGUCGAAGCUUACCGAAGAGGAAGAAGAUGAAGAAUGUCUCAAAGAGGAGGAAGAUGGUCUCUCUGGAACAGGAAAUACUAGACUUGUUGCACAACCUUCUUGUAUUCAGGGAAAGAUGAGGGACUAUCAACUUGCUGGUUUGAACUGGCUUAUACGACUCUAUGAGAAUGGUAUAAAUGGAAUCCUUGCAGAUGAAAUGGGACUGGGGAAAACAUUGCAAACCAUCUCGCUGUUAGGAUACCUCCAUGAAUACCGAGGAAUAACUGGUCCUCAUAUGGUUGUUGCUCCGAAAUCUACACUUGGCAAUUGGAUGAAUGAAAUCCGUCGAUUUUGCCCUGUGCUUCGUGCUGUAAAGUUCCUUGGUAAUCCAGAUGAAAGAAAAUAUAUCCGUGAGGAGUUGCUUGUUGCUGGGAAAUUUGAUGUAUGUGUAACAAGUUUUGAGAUGGCCAUUAAAGAGAAGUCUGCUUUACGUCGCUUUAGCUGGCGCUACAUCAUAAUUGAUGAAGCUCAUAGAAUCAAGAAUGAGAAUUCUCUUCUGUCAAAGACGAUGAGGCUUUACAAUACUAAUUAUCGGCUUCUUAUCACUGGGACACCACUGCAGAAUAACCUUCAUGAACUGUGGUCUCUUUUGAACUUUUUGCUACCGGAGAUCUUCAGUUCAGCUGAAACUUUUGAUGAAUGGUUCCAAAUUUCUGGUGAGAAUGACCAGCAGGAGGUUGUGCAGCAGCUUCACAAGGUUCUCCGGCCUUUCCUUCUGAGAAGGUUGAAAUCAGAUGUCGAGAAAGGUUUGCCUCCAAAGAAGGAAACGAUCCUUAAAGUUGGUAUGUCCCAGAUGCAAAAGCAAUACUACAGAGCUCUUUUACAGAAGGAUCUUGAAGUCGUAAAUGCUGGUGGAGAGCGCAAACGUCUUCUUAAUAUUGCAAUGCAGCUACGUAAAUGUUGUAACCACCCAUAUCUUUUCCAAGGUGCUGAACCUGGACCUCCUUAUACUACAGGAGACCAUCUGAUAGAGAAUGCUGGCAAAAUGGUUCUUUUGGAUAAGCUGCUUCCCAAGUUAAAAGAGCGUGAUUCACGGGUGUUGAUAUUCUCACAGAUGACGAGGUUGCUUGACAUUCUUGAAGACUAUUUGAUGUACCGUGGAUACCUGUAUUGUCGCAUUGACGGCAAUACUGGUGGGGAAGAUCGUGAUGCUUCCAUUGAUGCCUUUAACAAACCAGGGAGUGAAAAAUUUGUAUUUUUGUUGUCAACUAGAGCUGGAGGGCUUGGUAUUAAUCUUGCAACUGCAGAUGUGGUCAUUCUCUACGAUAGUGACUGGAAUCCACAGGUGGAUUUACAGGCCCAGGAUCGUGCUCACAGAAUUGGGCAGAAGAAAGAAGUACAAGUCUUCCGUUUCUGCACUGAGUAUACAAUUGAGGAAAAAGUGAUUGAGAGGGCUUAUAAGAAGCUUGCACUUGAUGCUUUGGUUAUCCAGCAAGGGAGGUUGGCUGAACAAAAGACUGUUAAUAAAGAUGAGUUGCUGCAAAUGGUGAGAUUUGGGGCAGAGAUGGUUUUCAGUUCCAAAGAUAGUACAAUAACUGAUGAAGAUAUAGAUCGGAUAAUUGCUAAAGGAGAAGAGGCAACAGCUGAACUUGAUGCAAAGAUGAAGAAGUUCACAGAAGAUGCAAUUAAGUUCAAAAUGGACGACUCUGCUGACUUCUAUGAUUUUGAUGAUGAAAAGGAUGAGAACAAGUUUGAUUUCAAGAAAAUUGUGAGUGAAAAUUGGCUGGAACCCCCUAAGAGAGAGCGGAAGCGCAAUUACUCAGAAUCGGAAUACUUUAAGCAAACAAUGCGCCAAAGCGGUCCUGCAAGACCCAAAGAGCCACGAAUUCCUCGAAUGCCACAGUUGCAUGACUUUCAGUUCUUCAACACACAGAGGCUUAGUGAGCUAUAUGAGAAAGAAGUGCGCUAUCUAAUGCAAACACAUCAAAAGAAUCAAUUGAAGGAUACAAUAGAUGUGGAAGAACCUGAAGAUGUUGGAGAGCCUUUGACUGCCGAAGAGCAGGAAGAGAAGGAGCGGUUGUUGGAAGAAGGGUUUUCAACAUGGAGUAGAAGAGACUUCAAUACCUUUAUCAGGGCCUGUGAAAAGUAUGGCAGAAAUGAUAUAAAAGGUAUUGCUACUGAAAUGGAAGGGAAAACAGAGGAAGAGGUUGAAAGAUAUGCAAAGGUUUUCAAAGAAAGAUACAAGGAGUUGAAUGAUUAUGAUAGGAUCAUUAAGAACAUUGAAAGAGGAGAGGCCAGAAUAUCUCGGAAAGAUGAGAUCAUGAAAGCCAUUGGAAAGAAAUUGGAUCGCUAUAAGAAUCCAUGGCUGGAGUUGAAGAUCCAAUAUGGUCAAAAUAAAGGGAAAUUGUACAAUGAAGAGUGUGAUCGAUUCAUGAUAUGCAUGGUUCACAAACUUGGAUACGGAAACUGGGAUGAGCUGAAGUCAGCAUUUCGCACAUCACCUUUGUUUCGUUUUGAUUGGUUUGUCAAGUCUCGCACCACUCAAGAACUUGCAAGGAGAUGUGAUACGCUAAUUCGUUUGGUUGAGAGGGAAAACCAGGAAUUUGAUGAACGUGAGAGACAAGCCCGUAAAGAGAAGAAGCUUGCAAAGCAAAAUAUGACUCCAUCUAAACGUGCAAUGGCAAGGCAAGCUACUGAGAGCCCUCCUAUUUCAAAAAAGCGCAAGCAGUUGCUGAUGGAUGAUUAUGUAAGCUCGGGGAAGAAGAGGAAGUGAUGCCAUAAUGCAAAAUGACGGUCAUUUUGCGGUAGUCCUCUGCUAUUCUAACUAGGAGGAUGCAAGAUGGAUGGACCAACCAAUAUAUCUGCUUACAAGAACUGAUUGGUUUUGGCAUUUGCUGUCUGUACUGGCGGCAACAUUGAUCGGCUCCAAGGAAUUAAUAUAAAUUCAAAUUUUAGAUUAGGAGUUAGUUAUUAUUGUAUAGAUUUAUGGCAGUAGACCUGAGCUAUAGUGCUCGUUUUGGGUGAAACGGCUAUUCAACUUUCCUUGAGAUUGCCAUACUCGAUGCAGUACGGUUCAACUCUUGUUCUCCUUGGCUCGGGGACGGUUAAAUAUUUCAAACAAAAAUGUUCCUGGGAACUUUUGAUAGUUGUAAUGCGUAUGUUGAGGUUGUAUCAUGCUUGGACUUGGAUAGAUUGUCUGGUAACAGGCUUCUCAGCAUUGGACAUUGAUCUGAUGUUCAGCGAGCAACUUAAUGAUACAAAGACUUUUUGAGAUAUUUUUCUUGAGA